CUUUAGAAGUUAGAACAACUGAAAAUGCUGAGUUUGAUUUCUUCUCUUUCAAAUCCUUCAUUUUACCGUUGUAACCAUCAAAAUUUUCGAAUCCAAGCGUCUUCUGCUGCUCCUCGUGUGGAUCUCAACACCCUUCAAUCUGCUCUUGAUAAGAAAGAUAGUAAUGCUGUUAAAGAGGCACUUGAUCAACUAAAAGAAGAUGGUUGGGCUCAGAGAUGGAGUUCUCAGCCCUAUGUUUCUCGUCGUACGGUCAGUACGUCUCCAUUACAAGCAUCAAGUUCUGGGAUAGUACAACAAUUACAAACCCAUGCAUACAUACAUCUGUCCGCGAACUAACAACUCUAGGAAUAAAAAAUGCAGAAAACCUGGCAAUUCCAAGUGUUAGAAAUGAUGCAGCUUUUCUUUUCACAGUGGUGGGAACAACAGGAUUUUUGGGAGUCCUUGCAGGCCAGCUUCCUGGGGAUUGGGGAUUCUUUGUACCUUAUUUGAUUGGAAGCAUUUCUCUAAUAGUCUUGGCUGUGGGCAGCAUUUCUCCUGGGCUUCUUCAAGCAGCAAUUAGUGGCUUUUCAUCGGUUUUUCCUGAUUAUCAAGACAGAAUAGCUAGACAUGAAGCAGCUCAUUUUCUGAUUGCCUAUUUGCUUGGCCUUCCCAUAUUGGAUUACUCGCUAGAUAUUGGGAAAGAGCACGUCAAUCUCAUUGAUCAAAGGCUUGAAAAAUUGAUAUACAGUGGACAGCUUGAUGCCAAAGAACUAGACAGAUUGGCUGUUGUAGCGAUGGCUGGACUAGCUGCAGAGGGCCUGCAGUAUGACAAAGUCAUUGGUCAAUCUGCUGAUCUUUUCAGUCUCCAGAGAUUUAUAAAUAGGAGCAAACCACAACUUAGCAAAGAUCAGCAACAAAAUCUCACUAGAUGGGCUGUGCUGUUCGCUGGAUCACUCGUCAAAAAUAACAAGCUUCUUCAUGAAGCACUAAUGAAAGCGAUGUUAAGCAAGGCGAAUGUGUUAGAAUGCAUAGAAGCGAUUGAGAAAGCUGCAUAAUUCUGUAACUAGAAGAAUUUUCCUUUUCCUUUACACUUGAUUAUUAUUCUUAACUUAAUUUAUGAAAAAUUUAGAAAAAUAGAAUCUUUAUCCAACUUAAGCCUCAUUUCCUAGUGUUUCUGCACUGUUCUAACUUUCACUAGGUAUUCAUACAUAAAUGCAAACAGUGAAUGUUGUAGAUGCUAGAA